UGAUUAUACUUGUAGUAGUCUUCUUAAUAGUAGAAAUCUAACUUAAUAGUAGAAAUGUUCAUCAUAAGAAAUAUUUACGGUAUGACAUUAUAACAAAAUCUUGAGUGAAAGAUAUUUCUGUUUAAUAUAAUAUUUCCGGGGCCUUUUUGCUCAUGAGAUCGAUUUGCAAUAGCAAGACUUUUCAAUAGACAUAGAAUUAAGAGUAACUUUUGAAUUUUAUGUUGUAAAUUUUUAUUUUUUAGUAAGAAGCAUUAUAAUAUUAUUACAGUGUUUCUUUGAAAAAGAAUCAAUUUGUAUUUCAAAAAUUCGAAAGAAUGCCGAUGUAAUCAUAAAACAUUAUAUUAAAAUUAUAUGGGAGUAGAGAGAAAAGAUAAAUACAGUGUCUCUCUCAGUCGUGUACUCAUUCCGAUCUGGUCUAGCAUUCGGGUGGGACGCUCUGUGCAUCACCGGCACGUGUUCGGUUAAAGUUACGCGAAGGUCAAAAGCGUCGUAUAUUACACCGAGCACGAACACAAGCGCGUGAUAGGAUCCAAGGAGUACUGAGGUGAGGCAAUCGUCGCAAAGAUAUUGUGAUAACAGUUUUUGCAAAGAUAUUGCAAAGCGAGGUGAUCUUCGUAAAAAUACUAUGAACGACUAUGGAAUAUUGACUGGACUAUGGAGACUACAUAUAUAUGGAGUGAACUGGAUGUAUGAAGACUGCGUAUGAGGACUGCACCCCUUCCGGGUACAAGCCCUUGCGGCGGAAAAUGCAUUGCUGUAGGAACAUCGAGGGACGUCGCGAAAUUUCGGCUCUGAAAACGGGGGUGCUAAGCUGAGGAAUGGAGGGAACGUGGCAGUGGGAGCAGCGAAAGCACUGCCAUAUCAUUCUGCUCAACUCUUCGUCGUACCUAAAGGAAAACCCGGAACAGGCUGCAGAUGAACGGAAACGACUGCAUGAAGGCUACUGCAAGGAAGGAGAUAUCCUGAAAACAAGGAAUCGCGUGCCAGGUCUGUAGCAUAGAGAUAGGGCAUAGAGGGGCCCCCGUCAAGUGUCACCGAGCGGAAGAGAGGGUUCGUCAUGGACCCGAUGACGCAAGUCGUACCUCAUUGAGCGAUGCAAGUAAUUAGGGCCGGGGCCCUGCUAGUGAGCAUGUGGCUCACUAGAGAAUGAAGAAGCAAAACGUCCGGACUUUAUCAUUAAUCGUCUUCACGCUUACCUAUCUCCUCGUCGGUGCUGCAAUCUUCGACGUGCUCGAGUCCGAGACGGAGAAAUCACGCAAGGAAGCAUUAGAUGACCUUGAAAAGAUGGUCAUACGAAAAUAUAAUAUAAGCGAGGACGACUUCAAGAUCAUGGAAACAGUGGUGCUGAAGACGGAACCUCACAAAGCUGGCCAACAGUGGAAGUUCGCCGGCGCAUUUUAUUACGCUACAACGGUCCUCACCACGAUAGGUUACGGACAUUCGACGCCGAAUACUAUAUACGGCAAACUAUUCACAAUGUGCUAUGCAAUUAUCGGUAUCCCAUUAGGACUCGUAAUGUUCCAGAGCAUAGGAGAACGCUUGAAUAAAUUCUCAUCUGUCGUGAUACGGAGUGUAAAGCAGCUUCUAAACUGUAAGGACGUCCAGGCCUCGGAGAUAAAUCUCAUCUGCGUGGUAACGACGUUAUCUUGCUUGACCAUCGCUGGCGGUGCUGCCGCAUUCUCCAGAUAUGAGGGAUGGUCCUACUUCGAUUCUAUUUACUAUUGCUUUAUUACUCUGACGACAAUUGGUUUCGGCGAUAUGGUCGCGCUGCAAAAGGACAACGCACUCAACAAGAAGCCCGAGUAUGUGAUGUUCGCUCUAAUAUUUAUUCUCUUUGGUUUGGCGAUCGUGGCGGCUUCACUUAAUUUGCUGGUUCUGAGAUUCGUGACCAUGAAUACGGAGGAUGAAAGACGAGACGAGGCCGAAGCGUUACAGGCGGCCCAGGGCGCGGUACGUCUCGAAGGCGACGUGAUAACGGCGAACGGCUCGAUAUUAUCCGGCCAGAUCGGCAAUCACGGUAACGUUUUGUCGUUCGACGAUGAGGCGUCGGUGUGCAGCUGCCGCUGCAGCGGCUUCCAGAGAAAGCGGCGGAGACCGCGUUUCACGGUGCGUCGCUCGCCCGGCAAGAUCUCGCACUUGCUGCCGAUGCAACAGCUGUCGGCGUUGAAUGUGCAAUGCAGCGAGCUGCACUCGCCGUCGCUCAUGCCGCUGGAAUUGCCGCCGCUGUAUCAGCACCGCGCCAGCAUCUGACGUUGCUCCGCCGCGAGGAGCGUGGUACUCUUGGAGCAAGAGCAUUACUACCACGAGCAGCCGCGGCGAGUGUCCGUCUGAGGAGAGAGAUUUUUUGCCCGGCAGGGCCGCCGACUUCAACGAAUUUUAAUCGUCGUCGAGACGCGCUAUCAUCACCGCCACGAGUUCUCUUCCUCUCGCUCUAUCUUUAUCUCUCUUUCUCUCUCUCUCUCUCUCUCUCUCCCUUAUUUUCUUCCUCUUUAGCUCUUUCUCUCUUUCCUUGUCCCGUGUUCCGCUCUCGUCGAACGAGAGUAGGGUCUCGUAUAGAUAGCUAAGAGAUUGGAUUGUGAUUCGAAGUUGAAUCGCCGGGACUACUCGACUCGAGUUGUUCAAUCCGAAUCGAGCUAAAUGGGGUAGCAAACGGCACCGGGAUUGCUCCUCAAUGAAAAUGUUUGUCUUUCCCGAUUCGUAACGCGACAUAUGCGGUGAAUAAUUCUUCCACUCUCUCGCGAUCUACACCGUUGUCGUUCAAGUUUAUUCACGUUCGCAUAACCGAGGAUAUUAGGAUAAUACUCAACGAUAAUGAAUUUCUAACACGUAUGCGCUACCGAGUAAGGAGUGAGAAUCGACGAGUAAGAAAUGAGAAUUGAUCCUCGAGAGAUUGAGACGAAAUUUUUUCCGUUCUGAUAUUCAUAAUAAAUGGCUGUGUCGUUCGCUGACAUCAUCAAGUGCGACGUGUGAUAAAUUUAUAGCCAGGUAGGUUAUUUUUAGCCUGUAGCUAAUAAGUUAUUUUUGAUCCAUUAUUGCCGAAAUAAUUUUCUUAAGAAAUAACACAUAUAUAUUGGAAUAAUGUAUUUGCCAUAAAAUUUAAUGCACAAGUUCUCGCAUAUUCUCUUUUAUUUACGAUUUUUUUUUUAUCAAGUUGAAAUUGAUCCUUUCCUAUUAAAAAUCUCGAUUGCAUUUUGAAAAAAUGUUAAUGCUGAAUAUAUCUUAUAGCUCACACAUUUUGAAUAUUAAUUAUGAUUUGAAAUAUUCAGCGAUACAAUCCUCGCAAACUCGUUUUUUAAUAUUUUUGCAGUAUGUUUAGUCGUCUCUUUAAAAAAUACAGUAGAAUGAGAGUUGUGAAAUCACGUCGCAAGUGCGAUUAGGCAGUGGGCAGACCUUGAAAAGUUGUGCGCGUACAAAAGGCUGUGUGCGGAGGUGAUCGUGUAUCUUGCAGUCGAGAGAUACGAAAAAAUAAAGUGCGAAUGGCAAGGACGAAAGGGAGCGAAUGCGAGGCACGCAUGCUAAAGCGAUAUCGUGAGCGAAUGAGUUGGUGUGCACGUGGAAAUGCGUCUGUGUGCAAAAAUAUAAGAAUGCGUCGAUACAAACGCUAAAUAUAUAUAUAUACACCUCUCUUACGUUCUCGUUCUCAUGGGAGAGAGAGAAGUAUUAUUAAAGAAAUAAAUAGAUACACACCAAGGGAUGAUAUACACAAACCGACACGACUUUUUCCAAUUAAGAGAAGACAUUUUACAAUUUGUAUAUAAUAUAAAGUAUAGAGAGAAACUACGAUUUUAGGUAUACGAUACACACGAAGCGUUCCGAUCUUACGGAGAAAUGUGUAUAAUACAUACUUGUAAGAUACGUCACAUUAUUAUCAUGCGGGUUCGCGAAAUACGUGAUAUAUAUAUCCCCCCCCAAAAAAAAAAAAAAA